UUUUGUGAACGACGCCAUUUUUGCUUCCGGCGAUCAAUAAGCAGUCAGAUAAUUCAUUUAAAACUGGAUGGUCAUGUACAACGUGGCAUCAGUUUUCACUGUUCUCGUCUUUAUAGGCCCACCACAUCUUUUCGCAUCAGGUGCUUGUACAGACAACCAUAACUCUUGUUCCGAUUGGGCUGGUAUCGGGGAGUGUUCAAAAAAUCCUCUGUGGAUGCUUGAUAAUUGUCCGGUGAGCUGCAAAGUGUGUUCUGGAGUACCGGCGUGUGUCAACAUUUACAAUGACCAGUACUGUAAAAGUAAUGUGGGGAACUGUUGGACGUCGUCCAUUGCUGCUGAUCUUGUAAAGAACUGUAGGAAAACUUGUGUUUGUAAAUGCUGCCCCUCAAGUCCUACAACAGUACCAACAACUGCAUAUGUCCAUAACGCAACAAGGUAUACAACGGUAUCAGCUUUGACCUCGGCUACCACUUCAGUGGAAAUAGCAACGACAUCAGCUUUGACCUCGGCUACCACUACUGUGGAAAUAACAACGACAGCAAAGGAUAUCAGUACCACGCCUCAAACAACAUCAACAAUAACAAACUCGACUCCAAACGAGGAGAGAACUACGGUGCAAACAGAAUACACGAGUGCCAUACCAGACACAAGACGAAUAGUAAACGAGACGUCACAGGACAAAGGUGCCACUGAAACGAGUGGAUCAAAAACUAUGUUGGUGUUAGUCAUUACGAUGGGUUGCGUGGCUUUUGUUGCUGUACUUGGAAUUUUAUUGCUUUGGUUUCGGAGACGAAGGCGUUCAUCCAGUCGUGGAAGUCUGAAUCAAGUUAAAGUGCCAGUUGAAAACAACUCCACUCCCCCGGAAGAAGUUAUUUGGUUAGAACGUCAACCAGAAAAGUCUUCAAGAAAUCCGUUGUACCUUUCUACAAAUGCAGCUGAAAAUAUCAGAUUUUCAAAUCAUGAUGUUGCUGAAGAUACUCCUGAAAUGCUUUACUCGACGACCAUUCCCAGCUCGCCAACUUCGCCAUUGUAUCAUGUGUUAGAGGACCCUAACACGACAGAUACAAAUGGGAAAUCCGCUUUGUCGGCUCCUUCCGAACGGCCUUCCGAUCCUUUACGAUCUGAUUCCGAUUAUGACGAACCUGUUUUUCGAGGCGUGCGCCCGGCGAUUUUCCCGCCGCCUGGAGCACGAGAAAAUGAGGCAAAUUACGAAACCAUGACGGAAGAUCGUAAUGCUGAGAGACUUGCUGACAACGCUGGUAAAAAUGCUUUGGAAAAUGACGACGAAUACUGCUAUAGUUACACUACUGCUUAUCAAAACAAAAAAGACGAAGCGACCGAAAGACCUAAAACAGAAGGGCCUUCUUACUGUUCUAUAGAGAGCCCCAAUAAUGAGUACCAGGCUCCCGUAGUCAUUCCAGGAGGUGGCUGCACGCCCGUGGCGGGAAUCGCUGAAGUUAACGGUUAUCAACCCUUACAGAAGUCAACACGAUCAUUUUAUCAACCUCUCAUUAAAGAUAAUUAAUCACUUCAAAGAGCAUUCACUGAGAAAUGAACAAAGUAUGUAUUUUCGUGAUAAAUUUCUGUUUCGUGUUUUCAGUGCUGUGAUAUUGAGUACCCUGACCUGAGUUUUGUGGCCUUUGUGCCACGUGUUCUUUCCAUCCUUCGUGUCACGUGCCUUUGUAUCCUUCAUUUCACCUCCCUAUUGGAUGCUUUUGUAUCACGUGCCCUUUGUAACAUGUGCCUUUUGCUUUUUCGAUCCUUAAGAAAAGCUUAUUUUUGUUGCCUCCGCUGGUUUACUUCUUUAGUCGUUUACUUAGAUAUCUGUGUCAGCUUAUUUUGACUGAAAUUCUCAUUCAAGGCUCGCUAUCAGAAAGCUGUGGGCCAGAAGGGAAAGGGAGACGUGAAGUAUAGUUUGUCUGAGAAAAUUUUGCAUAGAAGUUUUCUGUUAAACAGAUUUUUGGCUUUUUAUCCGUUCUUUGUUUUUUGCCAAAUUAGUUUUAUCGAGAUUGAUGAAGGAAAGAGCUCGAAAAUUUAGAUAUUUAUCACAAGCCCUGUAACUAAGCUGAGAACCCGAAGAACUUUUUAUUAUUCCAACUGUCGUUUCUUCUCUAUACUCUCUCAUAGGUUGCUACCACUGUUUAGUAUUGUA